AUGAAGAUACAUAUAUUGAACUCCACCACCAUCACUGAGUUCCUUCUCCUUGGAUUCCCAGCUCUGAAUUAUUACAAGUUUCCUUUCUUCUCUAUUGUCCUUUCCAUGUAUUGUAUGACUAUUUGUGAGAACCUCCUGAUCAUUCUCCUGGUGUCCACAAGCCAACGUCUCCGUUCUCCAAUGUAUUUCUUCCUUGGACAUUUGGCUCUGUCAGAUAUCAUCCUUGUGACAAGUGUUGUUCCUAAGAUGCUGGAUGUUAUCAUAAGGGAAGGGAGUGUUACACCUUUUGCUGAGUGUAUGACCCAGUUUUACCUCUAUGGGGGAUCAGUUUGUGUUGAAUGUUAUUUGCUCACAGCCAUGUCCUAUGACCGGUUCUUGGCUAUCUGUAAACCGCUACAUUAUACGGCAAUGAUGAGUGUCCAGCUUAGAUACAGCCUGGUCAUCUCCUCCUGGGCGCUGAGCUUUAGUUUUGCAUCUAUGACAUUUUUACUUGUACUGGACUUAGACUUCUGUGGGCCGAAUGUUAUAAACCAUUUCUUCUGUGAAUUUGCCCCUGUUUUAGAACUUUCUUGCUCAGAUACAACUGUUAUGGAUAUUGAAAUAAUUUUUGUUUCUGUUCCAGUUGUUUUGUUACCUUUCUUAUUCAUUAUUAUAACUUAUGUCAAUAUUUUUAUAACCAUCUUUGGAAUUUCCUCCACAUCAGGCCGGCGAAAAACUUUCUCCACCUGUAGCUCUCACUUGGCGGUUGUUUCAAUCUAUUAUGGGUCCAUGCUCAUAAUCUACAUGGUCCCGCACAGAGAACACUUACUGACUGUUAAUAAGUUUAUCUCCCUAUUCUACAUUGUACUGACCCCUUUGCUUAACCCCAUGAUAUACAGUCUAAGAAACAAAGAGAUUCAGUCUUCUGUUGCUAUAUUUCUGAUAGUUCAUAGUAAGAAAAGACUUUCAUAG